AUGUCUGAUAGAGUCAGUAAUGGCUCGGGCGGAGCUCACAACAGGGAGUUCUACGAAGAGGCACGCAAGCGGCGUGACGCCUCAGUGGCCCGUGGCCAAGACCCUUAUGCCGACUUCAAGGAGUUGGUCGGCAAGGAAGGAAGUGACUCGCGGUUAGAGCGGGCUUGGAGACGUGUCAUGGACGACCAGGAGGAUAAACGACAGCAGGAAGGGUAUAUGGACGCGAGCAAAGAGCUGGGUCGAGACAUGGAUGGGCGGACCGAGUCACGAAACAGCCAAAACGAAUCCACGAGCGGAACUGCUACGCGGAAGAAUAAUCGUCUUGAAGGAGCCGCCGCAGAGGGUCAACAAGUCCCCAACCACGCCGUUUUCGCUGGUAGGAUCAAGACCGCCAUGCCACUGUGGCUCAACCACCAGGAACAGCCGCGAGACGCUCAGACGUACAACUCCCCACCAAUUCAGCGCCCACGUAAGAGUGUCUAA